AUGGCUUCUUCUUCGUCUUUUUUACCUUCGUCUUCGUCGCUAGUUCGACAAAACCACUUCCAGAAAACUUCCUCUUUGAAAGCUACAAGCUUAGCUAAAAGACAAGUGACUGUCUUCAAGAAAGCUCGAGAGCUUUCAAUUCUCUGUGGAAUCGAAGUCUGCGUCAUCUAUUACGGAUCAGACGGAGAGCUUAAGACAUGGCCUAAAGACAGAGAGAAGGUCAAAGACAUGGCUAGAAGGUACAGUCAGUUAAGCGAUAUGAAGCGGCGCAAAGGACAAGACGAUCUUGACAAGUUUCUCAAGAAGAUUAAUAAAGAGGAUUCCAAGAAGAAGAAAGUGAAAGUUGAAUCCAGUUGCAAGUAUCUGGAUUGGGAUCCGAGGUUUGAUAACUGCUCUGUGGAGCAGCUCACGGAACUGAUCCAGUCCUUGGAGCAUAGUGAAACCAAACUGCAACAUAGGCUUCGAGGUGCUGUUGAAUCUCAGAGACAGAGGAAUAUGUAUUAUACUACCAUGGCUGGUCAAGAACAGAUGAAUCAUCUUCAACAACAUUCAGACCAGGUUUCAAUGGAUCAGUAUAACCAUGGAACCGGUACGUUACCGCAACUCGCAGUCUCUACAUCAGCUUUUAACCAGUCGCAAUCUCUAGCUCCGCUUCCGAAUUCACUGACGAUACACCAUAAUCCUAAUAUGGAAAGUUACUCGAGGUUACUUGGUGUACAAGAAACUGGAAUGAAUGAGCUCCUGAGCAUGAACAUGUUACCCUACAACAACAUCAACACCAACAAUGUUAAUGUUUUUCCAAACCAGUUUCAUCAGAACUCUUACAAUAUGGAAGAUUACUCCGGCUUUCUUGGGGGCAUCAACAACGUGAGUUCGGAAGAUUAUUCGGGGUUACUUUGGACGCAAGGUACUGGGAUUAGCGGGUUACAGAACAUGGACAUGUUCGGCUACAACAACAACAACAACAACAACAACAAUGCCUAUGGGUUUUCAAAUCAGCUUGUGCAAUAUCAAGGACAAAGAACACCACCGGGUUUUCAAUACAUGGAUCGUUCAACACAAAACAUCAGACCUCUCUAG